ACUCUUGACAUCCUCAAGGAAACAUGAAGACCAUUGCUCUCGUCGCUUUGCUGUUGGGCGCAGCCGCUGCCGUGCCCGGUCUCCGCCAGCGUCGAGACUCCAACUCGCUCUUCUUCGAACUUCCCGCCGACGCAGAUUUGAUUCUUGGCGGAAUCAACACGGGAUUCGAAUGCGGCGACCUGCCCUACGGAUACUACGCCGACCAGGCUAACAGCUGCGCCGUCUUCCACGUGUGUCUGCCCUACAUCGACAACGACCUCUACAUCACCCGCCACUUCUCCUUCCUUCCUGUGCGGCGAACACCCGAGGGAGCGAAGCGAGGCCACUUCGAGGAAGGAACUGCUCCGAGAACUUCAGAGUCCAACGAGUACUUCGGCCGCGAGAAUGUUAACUUCCUCGAAAAGAUUUUCACCCAUGAUAUUACGCAGUCACUAAAGUCAGUGGUUCCCAGCUGGUGUUACCCAGAUCUCUGGGAGAUCUGGGUCUCUGAACUAAAUUCAGCAUUUUAA